GGGAGACCAGGACCAAUUGGAAUUCAAGGUCCAACAGGUCCUCAAGGACUUCCUGGCCCUAGUGGUUUAUCAGGGUUGAAAGGAGACAGGGGCUCCCCAGGCCCACUGGGACCGCAUGGACCAAAAGGCGAUAAGGGUCCCAUGGGUGUUCCCGGCUUUCUAGGCAUCAGUGGAAUUCCGGGCCACCCUGGACAGCCAGGACCCAGAGGCCCACCUGGCCUGGAUGGCUGUAAUGGAACUCAAGGAGCUGUUGGAUUUCCAGGCCCUGAUGGCUAUUCCGGGCUUCCUGGACUACCUGGGCUUCCUGGUCAGAAAGGCUCUAAAGGUGAACCUGCCCUUGCCCAAGGUAGUUUCAAAGGAAUGAAGGGGGAGCCUGGGCUGCCCGGACUGGAUGGAAUCACUGGCCCACAAGGAACACCUGGAUCCCCAGGAGCUGUAGGACCCGUAGGACCACCAGGAUUGCAAGGUCCUCCUGGCCCCCCUGGUUUCCCUGGUCCUGAUGGGAAUAUGGGGUUAGGUUUCCAAGGAGAGAAAGGAGUCAAGGGAGAUGUUGGCCUGCCUGGUCCUGCAGGACCCCCACCAUCUACUGGAGAACUGGAAUUCAUGGGAUUUCCCAAAGGGAAGAAAGGAUCCAAGGGUGAACCAGGGCCUCAGGGCUUCCCAGGAGUAAGUGGUCCACCUGGUCUGCCGGGAUUUGGAAUUGCUGGAGAAAAAGGAGAAAAGGGAAUUCCUGGUUUGCCAGGACCAAGGGGUCCCAUGGGUUUAGAAGGAGUCCAAGGCCCUCCGGGGAGUCAGGGCAGGAAGGGGUCUUCAGGUUUCCCCGGGCUUAAUGGAUUCCCAGGAAUUAAGGGUGAAAAAGGUGGCAUUGGCCUGCCAGGCCCAGAUAUUUUCAUCGAUACAGAUGGUGCUGUGAUCUCAGGUUAUCCUGGAGACCCUGGUAUGCCAGGCCUCCCAGGCCUUAAAGGAGAUGAAGGCAUACAGGGCCUACCUGGCCCUCCUGGUGCCCCUGGAUUACCGGCUUUACCAGGUGGCCCUGGUGCUCUGGGCACCCAGGGAGCUCUAGGCCUUAAGGGGCAACGAGGAAACCCUGGCCGGACCACAACGGGGGCAGCUGGUCUCCCUGGCAGAGAUGGUUUGCCAGGCCUGCCAGGCCCACCAGGCCCACCUGGUGCAGCAUCUGAGACGGGAACCCUACAGAGCACAGAACCGGGAUCGCCGGGACUCCGAGGGGAACGAGGUCCAAAAGGACACCCAGGCCUCAAAGGAAUUAAAGGGGACCCAGGUUUUUGUGCUUGUGAUGGUGGUGUCCCCAACAUGGGGCCACCUGGGGAGCCAGGCCUGCCUGGGCCACCAGGACUUCUGGGCCUUCCAGGUCUUAAAGGAACCAAAGGUGAUCCAGGCUCUGGGGGUGCACAGGGCCCAUCAGGGGAUCCAGGUGUAUUUGGGCCUCGAGGUCCAACAGGCCCUAAAGGAAAGAAAGGGGACCCGACUCUCAGCACAGGAUCAGGGAUGCCAGGAGAUCGAGGUGAUCCUGGCCCCCAGGGGCUCCCUGGUGAGACAGGAGCCCCAGGCAAGGAUGGAAUACCAGGUUUACCAGGGCUGCCAGGCCUUCUGGGUGAUGGUGCACAGGGCUUCCCCGGUGAAAAGGGGUUACCAGGACUUCCUGGUGAAAAAGGCCACACUGGUCCAACUGGCCCCCCAGGAAUCGGGCUACCAGGGGCUCCUGGACCUCGUGGACUUCCUGGAGAUAAAGGAGUAGAUGGAUUACCAGGGCAACCAGGCCCCCGUGGAGUUCCAGGUGACUGCUGCUGCAAGGAGGAGGUUGGGAAAAAAGACUUAGACACAGAGGGAGGUAUCACCUUGCCUUGUAUUAUUCCUGGACCAUAUGGUCCAUCAGGACUCCCAGGAGCUCCCGGAUUCCCAGGCCCUAAAGGGGCCCGUGGCCUCCCUGGGGCUCCAGGCCAACCUGGAUUGCGUGGAAAUAAAGGAGACCCCGGAAGUCCAGGAUUGGUUCACCUGCCUGAAUUGCCAGGGUUUCCUGGACCUCAUGGGGAGAAGGGCUUGCCUGGGUUUCCUGGGCUCCCUGGAAAAGAUGGCUUGCCUGGGAAAGUUGGCAGCCCCGGCUUACCAGGUCCCAAGGGAGCCCCUGGUGACAUCCUUGGUGCUGAAAAUGGUGCUCCGGGGGAGCAAGGUCUACAGGGACUGCCUGGGGACAGAGGAUUUCCUGGAGACUCUGGCCUUCCAGGACUCAAGGGUUUGCUUGGGAAGUCGGGCUUGCUCGGCCCCAAAGGUGAGCGGGGCAGCCCUGGAAUACCAGGCCGCAUGGGUCAGCCAGGCCCCCCAGGCCCUAGUGGUCUAUUUGGCAUCAAGGGCAAACCCGGGCUCCGCGGACCCCCAGGCUUUCCAGGCAUUUCAG